GUUUGAUUUAUAAUCAUGCCCCACUGUCUUCUCAGAGACAGCGAGAACUUGGAUCCUAUGAUGUCAGUGGACAGCACCCUUGAGGAACUUCUGAAUGGCAGCUUCCAUGGCGAUGAGGUGCAGGGGGCGGAGCCCGUGGAUGAGGGGAGGAGCCCUGUCAAGAGAGAUGAAAACCCCAUUCCUGGUGUAAGAGGAAUCUUUUGUACCAACUUAAGCCAAAUAUUUGACCUGCCAGCCUACUACGAGACUUACAGAUUAACCAGCAUGGCCGAGCCCACCAUCAUGGACCGAACUCCGCGACCUGGGAUCGAAUCCGACCAUGCCACCAGCCGAGAGCAACCGGGACCCGCCCCGCGGAGGAUAGGCUGCAGCCGGCCCGGCCCGGCCCCACCAGCAACAGCGAACCCCGCCGACCGAUCGGGCGCCCGUGGUCCAUGCCCCAAAGCUGCGCACGAAAUGUCCUCCCCCGACCCACCUCCAUCCCCAGCCUCAUCGGCGGAGGCGGGACAGUGGGGCAUGGUUUGCGGCGGCUGCGGGGGGCGUGUCUGCGACCGCUUCGUCCUAUUGGCUGCGGGGCAGGCGUGGCACGGGGCGUGUCUCCGCUGCAGCCUAUGCCAGUGUGAGCUGCAGGCCCAUCCCUCCCUGUACUGCCGGGACGGCAAGAUCUACUGCCAGCGGGACUACUGCAGGUUGUUCAGUGUCGGCCGCUGUGCCCGCUGCACUCAGCCAAUCCCGUCGUCCGCCCUGGUCAUGAGGUCUGGAGCAUUGACCUUUCACCCCCACUGCUUCUCCUGCCAGGAGUGUGAUGUCACUUUGCUACCUGGAAACCUGUACUAUGUGCAGGGGCGGAGCUUGUACUGUCAGUCACAUUACCAAGCGGGUAACAGGACACACCCCUCCCAUCCUCGCCACCCCAGGCCCGCGGAGAGAGAGGAGGGGGAGGAGCCAGUCAGCAGCCCUGAGCCCCGAUUGGAGGAUAGGCAGACAGGGGGUGGGUCUCGAGGAAGGACCAAGCGAAUCAGGACGUGCUUCCGCAGCGAGCAGCUGAGAGCCAUGGAAUCUUACUUUGCACUGAAGCACAACCCAGACGGCAAGGACUGGAGCUGCCUCUCACAUCGGACGGGACUGCCAAAGAGGGUUCUGCAGGUGUGGUUUCAGAACGCCAGAGCCAAACUCAGGCGCUCCCUCCCAGCAGAGGAAUCACAGUGCAACUCCCCCGUUGCCCUGAAAGCCGAAGCCAUGGCAACCACCGCCGCCUCCAUAGCAACCUCCCAGCAAUCACAGGCCCUUCAGACCAGCACCAUCAACCACCUGGAGCUGUCCUUGCUAACAGCACCCCUAAGUGACACACCUCAAAGUCCCACCAGCCACUCUGCCGGGUAUAAAGAUGCUUAUGUCCAGGACUACAAUAACCAGCAUACACCUAGGCUCUCUCCCUUAAUGACCCUUGACCUUGGGGAUUUGGAACACCCUGACUGGGAGGCUGCCUUACUCCAGCUCCAGGCUUCGCUCGGCCUACCUGGAGCAGCUCCACUACCCUGGGUGCCAUCGCAAGAGCUGGGGCCUGGCAGUCAGGGCCACGACCUGGCAGUAGAGCUGGAGCCGGCGGACGGCUGGGGCUCGGAGGACGGAAGGAAGGGGCAGAGAGAGGGCUGGCCGAGAGUGCCGAUGGGUCACUUUCCAGAGCACCCUCUGGAGGCUCUGCACUACCUCGAGGGGGGAGAGGAAGAGGGAGAAGGGGGCGAGAAGAGGAACGAGGCGCUGACGUCCAUAGCCGGGGGCCUUCAGGCUUUCAACAGACAGAAAGGGGGAUUUGGGUUCCGUUUUGGGAAGAAAUGA